AUGUCACACGCUACAUAUGUGCUUAUUACUGGUUGUAACCGGGGCAUCGGAAGAGGCCUUUUCGAGACAUAUAUCGCUCGCCCGGACCAUGUUGUCGUCGCCGCUGUUCGUGACCCGACAGCUGAAAGCUCAAAGGCAUUAUUGCAUGUCACCAAGGGUACCGACAGCAGAUGUAUCCUGGUGAAGAUUGAUAGUGCUUCCGAGACGGACGCCCCGGACGCCAUGAGCACUUUGAAGCGAGACCACGGUAUCACGAAGCUUGAUCUUGUCGUUGCUAAUGCCGGAAUCUCGAAGUACUUUGGAACGGCAGAGGUGACCCCAGUCAAGGAGAUGAUGGAUCAUUUCAAGAUCAAUUCCGUGGCACCACUGCUGUUAUUCCAAGCAACCUGGCCCCUCCUCCACGCCGCAAAAGUACCAAAGUUCGUGACCAUCUCUUCAGGUGCAGGAAGCCUUGGUUUCAUGGAAAAUCUGAAGGUCGAAAAUACUGCAUAUGGCUCGUCUAAAGCAGCUCUUAACUUCAUCACCAGGAGGAUACACUUCGAGAAUCCGGAUCUAGUGGCCUUCAGUAUCAAUCCUGGAUGGCUUCAAACUGAUGGUUAUCGGCAGCUCCUGUUUCAGUGCAGGAUGGUGUAA